GGCAUACCGCUGCCGCUGCUCAGGGCAACGCACAAAGCUGAAUCGAUUUUACACUUAGCAGGUUGCCAGUGUGUUUAUUCAGGGGAAAUUCUCUUUUCUUUGCAUUAUCUGUAUGUAGCCAUGUAGAAAUACAGGCAGUCAUUUUACGAAAAAAAACAUACUGGAUCGGCUGAUCUGCAGGACUUCGUAACACUGAGAACUGGAUUGUGACAUAUAACGUACUGAAAUUCUGAUCGUAAUAUACGCAAGGCAACGGACAGAACAUAAUAUGGGACCAUGUGAUGACAGUUUACAACUGCCUGUCUCUAUUUACUGUUUUUACUAGAAGAAUAUGAGUAUAGGCCUACCUCCUGAUAGACUGGCAGUAUCCCAACUUGUAACCUAGAAGAAGAGAUUUGGGAGAAUUGGAUAGGUUUUCAAAUUCUUGCUAUCUUUAUUCGAGCAUUGGCCCACUUACGCAGUAGCCCUCAUCGUACCUGACAAGAAUGAACCAAGUCUGCAAAUCUAAUGUCUCUUAGCUCAGUUUGAGCAUAUACCUGAAGAGACAAUAACAUACUGAAUAUAUAAGGUACUAUUAGUGCACCCUGAGGGACAGUCAUCAACAUGGGAAGCGGAACUAGUAAGUCGGUUGUGACGACAUCAAACCCUCCAGAGAACAAGGGCGAGAUCAAAGGCAUCCUCAAGAAAGAACCUAAUAGGAGGGCAAGGAUGGAAACGACGGCUUGGAGUCGGAGUGCCCCAGGGAUCCACAGUACCUCCGACGAUAAUACCGAAGAGGAUUCCAAGCACAUAUAUGAUGCCGUUGGCGCUGAUACCGGCGAGGAAGAGAAGGAGAAGGCCGAUGUUGCAUGCAAUGGCGACGAGGACAACGACGACUCGCUUUCAGAGGGUUCCACGUCGGAAUACUACAUGACAACGGGACAGUCUGCUAGCCAGUCAGAAGAGAGUGAAGAGGAUCGGAAUAAGAAACUCAACGUUCUUCACCAAACUGGGAGAUACCAUGAAACUGAAUUCACCGAUGCCAAAUUCAAGGUGUUUAAUGACUACCUGGUGUGGGCUACAGAAACCGGAAGUCGAGGAGAGAAGGUAGUCAUUCCUGAUGAUAACAUGAAGAUACAGCAAAAGCAAACGAUACGUGAAACAAUGGCCAAACUCGAAGAGGCUGUUUCAUACACUGGUAAUGAUGAGCUUCACUGCCUUCUCGUCCUCUGUAAGAUGAGCGAUGUCAGGCAGAAAGAUUACGUCGAGCUCGUCACUGAGCUAGGCUAUGCUAAGCUGUUCAUGAAGAUCUGGCAUUCAUUACAUGAGGUCAACGUCAAUGAUCAGCUCGCUAAUCCAGCUACAUACCUGGCCAUCAGCAUGUUGCUGGAUGCCACGCAGGGCUUCACCGAAAUCGGAGUCGACCUUUGCCGUGAUAUGGGCACCGAAUGCGUUGGUGCCUUGCUGCUCGUGCUCUACGAUAAGUUCUACGAGGUAGAUGAACUCAAUAUGGACAGCAAGAAACUGAGGUGGAUGUCAAGGAGAGAGUUCCUUAAGCGGGUGCUCACUGUCCUUUAUCAUUGUAUACGACAUUACAUGGAUAACAAGGAUAUCUUCCGAGAACACCAUGCUUCAUUGCUUCUCAAACCUUACCUGAAGUGCCGCUUUCUCAUCUUACGAGUGAAGGCAAUAUUUACCUUAGCUUUCAUCGUAACAGAAGACGAAAACGCGCAUUUGAAUACGACCAACACCAACAUUGAUUUCAUCAUCAAGAUAUUGAGCAAAGCUUUGAGUGAACCCAACCACUAUUCCGCACACUACAACUUCUCUGCAAGCCAGGUGGCAGAUGCCAUGAAAUAUCUCGCCGCAUAUGACGAUAACAAGCUCAAGUUUGUUGCAUCCGGGGCUCUAUCUCGCAUUGUCUCCAUGCUCCAAGAUGGCAACUCAGUAGAAGAACAGAAUAGUGCCAUGGAAGCCCUCUGGACGCUAUCUUUUCACCCGAAAAAUAAGAAUGCCAUCCUCAAGGAAAAGGGAUGUUUAGAAAUUGUCCGUGAGUUCAAGAAGUCGGAACACCUCUGUAGAUCUUCGACAGCAAUCCUGUGGAACGUUGGUGAAGAAACACAUGCUACACUUACGAAGAAGUCGAAGGACUCGUCUCGCAAACCAAAGCCCGAUGACCGUGAAAGCUCACCGUUAAAAUCUCAAGGUGCCGCCAAGGAGGACAACAUCGCCAACAUGGAAACCAUCAACAAUAACAACUAUGCAGAAAAUGGUGAAGAUGACGAGGAGGAAGAAAUCAGUACUAAUCACGUGAUGCUCAGCUACCAAUGGGAUGUCCAGAAACAGAUCCUCAAGGUCAAGGAACUUUUGCAGGCUGACGGCUACAAAGUCUGGAUGGAUGUCGACCAAAUGGGUGGAUCUACCCUCGAGGCUAUGGCUUCAGCAGUGGAGAAUGCAUUGGUCGUACUUAUCUGCUUCUCAGAGAAGUAUAAGAACAGCCCUGCGUGUAGAACAGAGGCCGAGUACACUUUCAAGCUCAACAAAGCCAUCAUCCCCCUCCAGAUGCAACAGAACUACAAACCUGAUGGAUGGUUGGGAAUCAUGAUCGGUACCAAGUUCUACAUACAGAUGUCCACCAUGGACGAAGUCAUCAGCAACGUCGACAGGCUCAAACGGGAGCUGGCUGGCCGUGGUCGUGUUCCAACGAUGUCCUUGUCCACCAGGCUGCCGUCCAUUUCUUCUGGCGAUGGAGCUGCGGCAGCGUCGAGCAAAUUCAAACGCAAUGACUCGAAAAGGCAGUCUCGACGAGAAGCCGCCAAAGACGUCGCCAGCUGGACAAACAACGAAGUGAACUCCUGGUUGACGCGGAAUGGCCUCCCCGAGCUCAAGAAUCGUCUACAGGGUUACGAUGGGGAGGGUAUCAUGGGUCUCAAGACAAUUGCCAAUGACGCACCCGAGUUCUUCUACAAAGAGGUAAAGACUGAGUUGGGUCUCAAGUCUCUGAGAGAGAUUAUCCGCUUCAAGCAGGCUUUGGAUGACAUCUUAUGAAGGAAAACUUCGAAGGAUGCCAUCGCGCAGAUUUGUCUUUUCUUCCACAGUGUGUCGAGCUCGUGAGCGUAUUGAAAGAUGUUCAAUGUCCGUUGAGAGUGUUGUGGGACGUGCUGAUUGUGCGUAGUAUGGGUCAGAGCCCUGUGGUACCUGAAGAACCUGCAGAAGGGUUGUGGUACACUGACUACUCGCGUUACCUAAUGAAUCUUUGUGAUUGGUGGUGCACUGUGGUACCCAUUGAAGAAGCCAUUGUUGCAACUUUCUGGCGAUGUUUCUGAUUUAGAUGUUACCUCUCUCACAACCAUGCGUCUUGCAGGAAGUCUGAAAAGCUGUAGUUAUGUAAGAGGUAAUGGCUUCGAGGCUGUUGAGUCAGCCCCAUCCUGCAGGACAGUACAAAGAGUGAUUAACAUCUUCUAAACUUACUUGCAACUAAAGCAUAAGGAGUAGGUUUUCUUUUCCUUCUGCACUUGACUGCCAGAGAUCAUGGAAAUUGAUUGCAGUUAACACUUUAAUUUUAGAAACUACUGGUGUUGUAACUAUUUUAGAGGAAGACGUGUUGCUCAAACCACAAUAAAAAAUUGUGGGAGAUUUCCGUGGCUUAUAUUCACCAGCAUCGUGAUGGUCUAGUAUAGUUUAAAGGACAGAAUAUCGUUAGUUUAGAAUUUAGACUGGAAUGGUGUCCCUUUUAGAUUAGCUAACUAUGGUAUCUGGUGAACCUGAUUCGAUGAUUUAAACAUUACUGUCUUUCAGUCUUUAGGUGUUUUCUAGGGAUAAAGUAUAGCAUAUUAACUUUCCCUCAUUUUAUGAAUAGUCACCUUGAUUUUCAUUGUGGAAUUACGUAUAAUGUUUAGGGGAAUGUACAAUUGUACAAUUGACAUUUCGUUAAUGACGAUCCUUGAAAAUUGCAUGAGUUUUAGUCUCCUGAAAUUGUCAGGAUCUGAAGAAGGCUUUGCAAAAUUCGUUAUGUUUAUUAAUUUAUCAGAAAGAAAAUUAAUGGAUAUUUAUUUAAUUAAUGGAUUGUUUCUAAAGUCAUGGAAUAUAGAGUAUAAAAUAUUAUGAAUGUAGUUAAGGACUGUUGGUUCAACUCAUGAAUAAGAUCGUA